CAUUCACAGCGAUAAAUAUUUAUGUUUAUGAAAAUACCAAUAGUUGUGUGAUAACAUCGUAUAUAUAUUUAAAGGAUGUCAAAUGAAGCGCGUAGAGCGAGCAAAAAUGCCAGAAGGCGUCGCAAACGCAAGCAGCAGAAGCAGUUACAAAAUGUUCAUGCCACUCAGCUGGAGCCUCAGCCGCAAAUUUCAAGCUCGCAGAUGUGGUUUAAUACUUACCAGAAACUAACGCAAUGGCAACAGACACAUCUACUGAACUAUAAUUGUAGCCUACAACAACAACAACAGCAGAACCCGGACUAUGUUUGUGUUGCCGAAGAAGGGGAGGAGGAGGAAGAGGAUACUGUGGAUCCUGGUUACUUGGACUUUUUAAUGGUAACAAUGCGCCAUCAGCAAGAGCUGAAAGAAAGGCGAGAUAGGGAUAGUGCUGCCUCGGUUGAAACAUCUCAUUCUCCAGAAAUAAUUAACUCCACUUGAGCUUGGCAUCGGUACUGCUAAAAACUAGCUAUAAGCGUAAAAAGUAAUCUUCAAAUUGAAGAGAUAAUUAAGAAACAAAUGUAUUGUCCAGACUAUGCGCUAGUAUUAAGAUAAUGACCAUUUUAUAUGUUUAUAUUUUGUAUUAAAAUUGUCCAUGUGUGUAUUACCCGA